UAACCAAUGACAAAACAGAGUCGCCUCUUCCCCACUUUUAACUGUCUCUGUCCCUCUCUCUCUCUCUCUCUCUCUCUGUCGUAGGAGCUGCCUAAUUGAAUCGGAAAAACAGAAACAAGAAUACAAAGGCUGAGGCCAAUUCAUCUUCCAUCAAAACAAGAAUGUGAAUGUGGGAAUGUGCAAGUAUAAGGAACCGAGAAGUUGAAUGAAGACACUCGUACUUGUUUUGUAAUGUGUUCCUUUGAUUUUUAUUUGGGUUUUGUAGCUGGUUGGAUAGUGAAAAAUCACUAGACAAGGUAAAAUGGGAGAUUCCGGGGAUAGUGUGAAGCAAGAGAAGAAAGUGGUAUUUGUAACUGUAGGAACUACAUUGUUUGAUGCUCUAGUGAGAACAGUGGAUACUAAGGAAGUCAAACAAGAGUUAUUAAGAAAAGGGUAUACCGACCUUGUUAUUCAAAUGGGUCGAGGAUCCUACACUCCUACUAAGUGUGAUGGAGAACAUGGAUCUCUGGCUGUUGAUUACUUCACUUUUUCUCCAAGCAUUGCAGACCAUCUGAGAUCAGCAUCUCUUGUCAUCAGCCAUGCAGGGUCUGGGAGCAUAUUUGAAACUCUGCAGCUUGGUAAACCUCUAAUUGUAGUGGUAAAUGAAGAUUUGAUGGACAAUCAUCAAAGUGAACUUGCAGAAGAACUAGCAGAGAGGAAGCAUUUAUAUUGUGCUCAUCCUCAAACGCUUCAUCAGACAAUUUCUGAUAUGAAUGUGGAGUCCCUCCUUCCGUACUCAUCAGGUGAUGCCACACCGGUUGCCAAGCUUAUGAACACGUUUCUUGGUUUCCCAGAUGAUUGAUGAAACUGGAAAAUCUUGUAACUGAAGUGGAUAACUGUAACCAUGCACCCGCCAAUAGAAGCAUUGCCAGGCUAUUGAGUUGCCUGUUUUGGCUAGGCAUAAAGCAUUGUCGUAGGACAUGUCUAGCUUUCCUACAAAAAUGGGGAUCCGGUUGGUUUUGCUUACAAGUUAAUGUACUGAUAUUUACUUUCAUGUCACAUUGUAUAACAGUUUUGUUUAAUGGAAUGGCAAACAUGUGGAAAUUUAUACGGCUA